GUGCACGUGUUCGCACUGUUCUAAAAGGACUAUAACCACAAAUAAGCGUUUAUAACUGUUUACGACGCUGCACAGGAGAUGGAAGCGAAUGGAGAGGCGGGUCAGCCCGGUCUGCACCCACCACACGAACCCCGGAGCUCGGCCCGCCGCAGAUUCAUCCGCACCAACCUGUGGUUCUCAGAGUCCGAGGACCAUGGGGUGGAGACCUUGGAAUGUACCGACAGCUCCACCACGAUCAGCCGCAGCACUGCGAGCGCUCGCAGAACCCGGUACCGCAAGAGCUCGAGUGCUGGGAAUCCGGUCCGGAUCGAGAGCUGCAAGCAGGAAAAGGGACAGACCCCAGAGACCCUGCAGAGGACCGAACCUCCUAAAGUAAGCGCUAACGGCAAGAACAGGACCGAGCACCCCGAGCAGGAGAAAAAGCAGGAGGACGAAGAUGACGAUGAGGAGGAAGAGGAGGCCGGGAUGAAGGCUGUGUGUACCUCUCCGAGCGGACGCUUUCUCAAGUUUGAUGUGGAGCUCGGCAGAGGCUCGUUUAAAACCGUCUUCAAGGGUCUGGACACCGAGACUUGGGUGGAGGUGGCCUGGUGCGAACUACAGGAACGUAAGCUGUCCAAAGUGGACCGUCAGAGAUUUAAGGAGGAGGCGGAGAUGCUGAAGGGCCUCCAGCACCCCAACAUUGUCCGGUUCUACGACUUUUGGGAGUCUCCGGUUAAAGGAAAGAAAUGCAUCGUCCUGGUGACUGAACUCAUGACGUCAGGAACGUUAAAAACGUACCUGAAGCGUUUCAAGGUGAUGAAGCCGAAGGUUUUACGUAGCUGGUGCAGACAGAUCCUAAAGGGUCUUCACUUCCUGCACACACGGACCCCUCCGAUCAUCCACCGGGACCUCAAGUGCGACAACAUCUUCAUCACAGGCCCCACUGGCUCGGUUAAGAUCGGGGACCUUGGCCUGGCGACGCUAAAGCGGGCAUCCUUCGCUACAAGUGUGAUCGGAACUCCUGAGUUCAUGGCCCCAGAGAUGUACGAGGAGCACUAUGACGAGGCAGUAGACGUCUACGCGUUCGGCAUGUGCAUGCUGGAGAUGGCUACGUCCGAGUAUCCGUACUCAGAGUGCCAGAACGCUGCUCAGAUCUACCGCAAAGUCACCAGUGGUGUGAAACCAGCCAGUUUCGGUAAGGUCCCUGUGCCUGAGAUUAAGGAGAUCAUAGGGGAAUGCAUCCGCUAUCGCUGGGAGGAAAGAUACUCCAUUAAGGAUCUGCUGACUCAUGCGUUCUUUGCGGAAGACACUGGCGUCAGGGUGGAACUCGCAGAGGAGGACGAUGGUGCGAAAACGUCAAUUGCAUUAAGGCUGUGGGUGGAGGACCAGAAGAAGCUAAAAGGGAAAUAUAAGGACAGUGGUGCCAUCGAGUUUACCUUUGACCUCAACAGAGAGGUCCCAGAGGCGGUCGCCCAAGAAAUGGUCGACUCUGGAUUCUUUCUGGAAUGUGAUGCAAAAAUUGUGGCCAAGUCAAUCCGGGACCGGGUCACUCUGAUAAAAUGGCGCAGGGAGCGGACGACCUCCAGGGGCAAAAGCAACAACGAAGAAGUCACUGAAAACCAGGCGCAGAGUCAACCCCAGGAACCCUCUGCCAAGCUGGCGCAAGGUGGCAAGCCUGAUGCCCACGCAGAGCCUGAGGAGCGUUACAGUGAGCCACUCUGUAAUGUCCAAACCAGUUCGACUACAGCAGAUGUUGGCCCUGGCCCCACUGUGAUCUCAGAGGGCUUGAAUAACCAGCACAGCAUCAUUUAUACGUCGCUGGUAGAGAGCAGUGCCACUUCCCAAAAACUUCUUAGUCCACCAGCUCAGCCACUCACCCAGUUACACCAGGUGACCCAACCCCAGCUCGCAGCUCAGCUUCACACAGACGCACAAAAACUUCUCGCUGCUCAGAUGCACCCAGGAGCUCAACAAAUACCAGUAGGCCACCAAAAUCAAGAGACUCUACAACAACCUCCUGCACAACUUCUUACUGAGCCAACUGGCAAUUUGCAGCAAUUUACCCAGCAACAGUGUGUAUCACAGCAGCAGCCUGCUGCCCAGUUACCCCAAGGGAUCCAGCCCCUGCCGAGUGCUCAGCUGCAACAGGAUAUCCAGCCCCAGUCAAGUGCUCAGAUACAUCAGGGGAUCCAGCAAACUCUCCCUGUCCAGCUGCACCAUAUGGCUCCGCAACAACCCUCAGCACAGCUCCACCAGGAGGCUCAACAGUCUAUGGCCCAACUGUAUCAAGGGAACUAUCAGCAAUCUGCUACCCCAGUACAUCAAGCAGCAUUUCUUCCAUCCUCUCUUCACCAGAGCCUUUACCAGCAGUCUCCACCAUCCUCUGCUAAAUUGGUUCAGCCUCGGACUAUAUCUGCUCCAGCGACACCAGCGGCGUCUGCACCCGUAGCACAAGAGUUUCACCUCUAUCUCCAUCCUGCAGCUUUCCUGUCCCAGACGUUAUCAACUCUGCAGCAGGUUGCAGAGUCAACUUCUGGACCACCUCAUCCUCAGCACCAACCAGUGUCUGGAGUGCUUAACAUAGCAACGUCUCAACCACAGCAGUCUGUCCAUGCCACACCCCUUUUGCAGCCUCUUCAGAUUUCCACUCAGUUUUCUUCACCGUACUCUGUUAUGCCAGCCAUGGGCACUCCAGCAGGAAGUGAGGCAGUGUCCUUUUCCUCUAUUCCAUUUAACACCCCAUACCCCAGUAGUGCUCCUCCUGUACCUUCAUCCUACUACUCACCCAGUCCAGUCCAUGUCUCACUGUCUCUCGCUGCCACACAAAAAAUUGUCUCUAUACCUGGAGCAGGUACACCCCAAACCCCUGUAGCUGCUCCUCUGGAGCCCCUUCUUGGCAUGGCCAUAUCUCCAUCCAUAAUACCUCCACAGCAGCAGCAGCAAGUGUAUCCUCCAGCGGUACCACCAGAAGGUUCCCUCCAGCCAACCCAACCCACCUGGUCAUCUCUGGCCUACCCUCCCACAUCGUUACGGACACCGUCCUGCCUCUCUAUACAAGAUCCCUGUGUCUCAGCAGUACCAGUACAAGUACAGAAUGAUGCUCUGGCACACAUACAUGCAGACCUAGUCCAGGUCAGGUCUCCUCCACUUAGAGAAGAAGCAGAUCAAGAUUUUAUGACGGCCACUGUCCAUGCAGCAAGCACCCAGCAGGUUAUCCCUGAGAUACCUGCACUACCACUGCAGCCUACUGGGACCCAGACAACAGCUGUUGCAAUUAAAGGUGGCACAGAAUCCAGCACUAUUCAGCAGGUUCUGGAUGCUGCGUCUGUACUUGCCCACUCUGCAGCCGACACCAGCCAUGAGGAGCCGAUGCCCAUGCCAGUUCCCAUCUAUACAUGCGACAGUUUGAAUUCAGACGCCGCAUCCGGUAAAGAGAUGAGCGACAGCUACGACGGGACUGUCAGCGGAGGGAAAGGUGACGGGAAAACCAGGAAACACCACCGCAAGUCCACCCGCACCCGUUCACGCCAGGAGAAGACCAGCAAGCCCAAACUCAGCAUGCUUAACGUUUGCGAUACAGGUGAUAAAAUGGUGGAAUGUCAGCUGGAAACCCAUAACCACAAAAUGGUGACCUUCAAGUUUGAUUUGGAUGGAGACGUUCCAGAGGAAAUAGCAACUUACAUGGUGGAGAAUGGCUUCAUUCUGCCCAUAGAGAAGGAGAUUUUUAUUGACCAGCUGAAAGAUAUUGUGGACAAAGCCGAGGACAUGCUGAGCGAGGAGGUAGAAGGGGAGAGACCAGGUACCGUAAGGGACACUCCGCUUCAAGGAAUCUCACCAGCAGGAGUUGGGGAUGAGGGCUUUAGAGGAAACAGAGAUGGAGCUUCUCAACCUGUCUAUCAACAAAAUGUGCUUCACACUGGUAAGAGAUGGUUCAUCAUUUGCCCUGUGGAUGAGCCCAGAGCAGCCAGCCAGGAUGCAUCAUCAGAUGGAGCGACAGCCACUCAAACUCCUCCAACCAGUGUGCUAAGUGAUGGCAGUACCACGGUUCAGCUUGCUGAAAGCAGCUCAGCACAGCCGCCCGAACACCCCACUGCACCUACGUCUACUGACUCAGCAGGUUACGCCACAGCUCCUCCAUCAGGCGGCAGCGACGCUCACGGGUUCAGCCCACUGUCUCUGACUACCAUAGACCCGCUAUCCUUGGUUCCUCUCUCUACGGCGGCACCGACACAAUCAAUUAGUGCCCAGCAGGUCGCGGAUCUGGUCAACGCUGCGUCCAUGGUGGAUGACGUACCCUGCUGCCCGCUGGUCAUGCCGCUAGCACUGGAUGCUAACGUGGCUGCUCAGCGCUCCUCCCCGAUGACCCCUCCUCUCGUACAGGACGCUCACUCCAUCGUGCUUCAGCAGCCGUUUGCGUCUGUGGGUGGCGCCAAGCCGCCAUCGCUGCCCCAGAGCCCCGCCCCCUCGCAGCACCACCUCGCCUCUGGGGACUCGGACGUAGAGGGUCGAGGCCGGGUGGGGUUCGUGGAUAGCACUAUUAAGACGCUGGAUGAAAAGCUGAGGAACCUGCUGUAUCAGGAGUACACUCCGAUGUACCCAGCAGGCAGUGCGGCAGAUACGCCAGGUUCGGGAACUGAGUAUGUGCAGUUUCCUCCCGGACCGGAGAGUGCGACCGGGGGGUCAGGAAACAGCACCCCAAAAAUCAUCGGAGAAGGAAGGAUGAGGCCUGGGGAGCAGCUGCCACAGAUUCCAGAGCGAGUGGACAGUCUGAGCGCGCUCAGUGACUCUGCUGUUGCUGUAACAGUGUCAGAGAAACAGAUGCUGCCCCACUCCACCUCCUGCACCAGCUCCAGGAGUCACUAUAAGAUGAUGUCUGGUGUGCCUGACAUCCACUCCGGGCCCCAAAGGAAGCAGAGGAGCUGGAGCAGCACUGCCUCUCCGGCGCACCCACUCGGCUAUUCCGCCCACCACAGUGUAUCCGCUCAGCCCAACCUGACCUUCACCGCGGAGGACGCGGAGGACGCGGUCACGCGCCGGAAACAAAGCAGCAGGAACUCGGCUCCGCCCGAUUUCUGCCUGGACCCCCUGUCCUCCGUGACCGAGCAGGUCUCCAUGCAGCCUGCACGCACCUCCGUCUCGGUGGACGUCCACAAUCGCUUCGUGUCCUCCGACUCCGGGGCGGAGAGCAGCCCGGCCAAAAUGGUGCCCCCCACCCCGACCCGCUCGGAGAGGAGGGGAAGCGAACUCAUGAAGAGGGCGGUGGCCUUCCUGAGGCGCUCGGGCCGCAGCGGCAGCGUGCAGAGCUCGGAUUCGCCGAGCAGGCAGGGCGGGACCUGCGGCUCGUACAUGAGCAGCGACAACGACUCCGAGAUGGAAGAUUCGGACAUAAAGAAUGAGCUGCAAAGACUGAGAGAAAAACACAUUAAAGAGAUUUCAGAGCUGCAGGCUCACCAGCGCGGAGAAAUCGAGCUGCUGUACAGGCGGCUGGGUAAAGCGCCCCCUCCCGGGAUCUGCCUGGCUUCAACAGUGCCCCCUGUUGGGCGAAGACGCAGAGCCAGCAAGCACAAACUCAGGGCGGGCAAACUGCUCAGCCCACUGGUCCAGCAGCUCAGAGGGGUCACAAAAACAAGCGACAGCAGCAAAACAAGUGAUGGCAUAAAACACAGGGAUCCUGCUGUAAGCCUAAACGGCUCUCCAGCCAGAACCUCGGAGGUAAGCGACAGCCGGUACCGCUCAGGGACGGGCCCGUUGCCCAGCUCAAUAUCAGAACCGGUCCAAACCCAGCAGCCCUGCUCUAUCAAGGCCUCCAUGUCGAGCGAUAACAUCUGCUCCGGGCUGCAGGGAGAGGGAGCGGGGGUCUACCCACGGCCAGGACAGGGAGGGUCUCCUUAUCACCCGGCGGCUGAGAGGGUCACCUAUAAGUCCAGCAGUAAACCACGUCCCAGAUUCCUGAGUGGGCCUGUUUCUCUCUCCAUCUGGUCGACACUGAAGCGGCUCUGUCUGGGUAAAGAGCGUUCUAACAGGCCCGCAGGUCCUCCAGGGGCAUCGAAUCAGCCCCCUGUCUCGACUCCGUCGCCGCGCCGCCCACCGGUGGGCGUGGCUCAGACACAGAGCAAUAACAGCAACAACAAUAAUGACCAGCUCCCCGAAGAGCUCCAAGCGCUGAUGGGCACGUGGAGUCCCAAACAGCCUCGUCGCUUCACCACUCAAGUCUUCAGCAUAAGAGCACAGACGUCUUCCAGAGGCAGGACCAGGAGUGCUGAAGGGGUUCUUCCAGGCUCCAGCUCUACCUCCCUGCUUUCUUUCUCGUGGCCCAGGGUCAAUUCUCACACCAGCUCCGAAAUGACCGAGCCCUUGUUGGCCUCUCAGGACGGAUAUCUGGAGCACGGCGAGUUCCCGGAGACUUCGGCCUACAUCACCCGCUGGCCCGCGUUGAGCACGGCUCUCGAUCGGGGAACGUUCACGUGCUCCGCUGGGUCUCCUUCCCGGACCACGCGGUCGUCUUCUCCGGAUUCGGCCGUAAUCUCAGCACAGGACCACGCGGCCAUUGUAACAACACUGGAAUGACCCUGUGGUCUCUCUAAAGCAGGGCUUGUUUUAACUCCACUUCUGGAGACUCGCUGCUCUGCACGGGUUUGAGCUUUUCUGGACCUCGAAAACAUGUGACCCAAGGCGUGAGGGACUUAGAGUUGGCUCUUUAGUCAGAUCAGAUGGGAUGAGUUUAAUGGAAGAAAAACUCUGCAGGAUAGUUGGGUCUGCAUGACUGGAGGCAGAAAAUUAAAACCAGUUUGCGUUGCCUACCUGCUCAAUCUGUUAUAGGCAUGUUCUGUAAAACGUGUACACAAAAGAUUCCAAAAAACACCUGUACAUGUCGUCACUGAUGAAU